GUGAGGAUAGGUGCGAAGAAAGUAAAAAGGGGGUAAAUUGGAAAAUAAUUUAAUUUCCACCUUACCACCCCUUCGCAACCAAUCAAUCUAAAGCCUUAAUCCCAUAAGCGGGGUCGGCUAUAUGAACCAAACAUGAUUAUUUGCAACCAAACAAAGGAAAAUGAGGGAAAUUUGGAAACACGUUUUUUUUUUUUUCAUUAAAUCAAACACACCCUUUAUGAAUAACUUGCCUCAGAUUCAGGAUAUCUCAAACUCUUUGAGCUGGUUAUAUAUAGAUACUCCAGCACAAUCAGCAGGCUCACCUUCAGCUUCAAACUCAGUCUUUUUAACAAAAGAAGUAAGAAGGUGUUAUGUUAUGGAAACUGUUAGUAAUCAACCAAAAUGGGAAGGAAAGGCACAGGCAGAGCUAGCCGGUGCUAAGGCUGAAGAAGUCUGGCCUUUCUUGGCAGACUUUAGUGGCCUGAACAAGUGGUUUCCGACUCUGAGCACGUGUAUUAGAGUAGAGGGUGUUGAAGGUCAGCCUGGCUGUGUCCGUUACUGUGCUGGGUUUAAGACCCACAUAGAUCAUGCCGAUGAGAACCAUGUGAACUGGACUAAGCAAAAACUGCUGUCCAUUGAUCCAGAUAGCAUGACCUUUAGCUACUCGAUCAUUGAUGGGAAUGUCGGGUUCAACUCAUAUGUGUCUAAGGUGAGAGUGAUAAGGCAGGACGAUGGGUGUGCUAUUGAAUGGGGUUACGAGGUUGAGCCUGUGGAAGGGUGGAAACCCGAGAAUUUGGAUGAGUUUAUUGGUAAAGGCUUGAAAGUUAUGGCCAAACGGAUGGAAGAAGCUCUCAAAGCUGGUGUUAUAAACUAGUGGAUUAACUCUAGCAAUUAGUUAAUUAUGGUGUUUUAUUUUGUUCCUAGCGUUGUAAUUGUCGUCUUUGUUUUGUUUUAAUCGUCGUUUGAUCUAUGUACUACAAAUAUUACUUGGAAUAAAAACAACAAUCACGGCAUUGAAGAUGGUUCAA